UCUCUCCUGUUACAAAACCUAAAACCCUCUUUUAUUAUUUUUCCCUCUUUCAAAACACCAAAAACCCCUCUCUGUUUCUCUCUCCCCUCCAACAUUUUCUCAUUGUUUUGAAAUUUUCCUUUCGUCGUAGCUGCUUCUCUUCUCAUAGAUCCCUAUCUUAGAUAUAUGGACAAGCAUCAAGGCGACCAAGAUCGGAUCGUCUCCACUGGAGAGAGACCUGUUAAGUCACAUAUCUUGAAAGAGCAGCCACUUUUGCCCGAAGAUGAAAGAAUAGUUUCAGCGAAUCCUUCUCCAGCUGCAGUCAUCAUAGGGCCUUCAGAUGAUGUUACAGAACAACCCAAGUCUUCAGAUGUUAGUGGAGCACGAAGCACCCCCCAUCUGCUUAAUUUGUAUUCAUCUCAUGAACGGAACAUUUAUGGUGAUUAUGGCAAUAACACAGGUACUUGGGAUGGAUAUUCUCCAUAUAAUGCUGAUGGAAUGCAUGUUUUAUCACCAGUCAUCUACAAUGAUUAUCGCUCUCUUCUGUUUCACUCUGGUUAUGGCUUUAAUCCCGAAAUUGCAUAUGGACAGUAUUCACCAGUCGCUACUCCUUUGCCUGUAAUGGUAGAUGGCCAACUUUAUUCUACACAGCAGGUCCCUUUUUCUCCAUCUUACUACCCCCAGCCAUCUGAGUUGAUGACAUCAGAAAGUAGUAGCACUGACAACAUGGGCUAUGGGCCAGGAUCAGGUUACAUGGUAAAUUAUAGAUCAUUUAGUGGAGAUCUGUCUGGACAUCUUGGUUCUAGUCCUUUAGCAUCGGCAACAAUUUAUUCUCCACCAACGGGCAUUUUUGGGUCAUACGAACACAAUGCUGGGCAGAUUUCUCAUCAACAGAGACCAAUGCAUGGAUACGGAUUGGUUUCAAGUUCCUUUGGUGGACGCUAUCCUCCUGGUAGUUCUUAUCAGAGCUCAAACUCUGGUGGUGCUUCAUAUUCAUUUGGUAAUGACCAGAACCGACCAAAUGUUGACAAGGCCAGAAGAAGAGAGAGGGACUGGGAUUCAGUUUCCAUUUAUAAUAAUUCACAUGAUAUCUUCAAUAACCGCAUUCAUGGACCAAGGGCUUUGAAGAUGAAGGGAAAGAGUACUUCCGACCAGAGUUCUUCAUGUAGUGUUAGGAAAAUGGAUCUAUCUGCUUCUGGAAUUAACCUUGAUUCAUUGAACCGGCUCGAUUUUGUCACAGAAUAUGAGGAUGCAAAAUUCUUUAUCGUUAAGUCUUUCAGUGAGGACAAUGUUCACAAAAGUAUUAAAUACAAUGUUUGGGCUAGCACGCCUCAUGGAAACAAGAAACUUGAUGCUGCUUAUCAUGAGGCAAAGAAGAUAAAAGGCAGCUGCGCAGUCUUCCUAUUCUUUUCGGUUAAUGCUAGCGGACAGUUUUGUGGAGUAGCGGAAAUGGUGGGACCUGUAGAUUUUGAGAAGGAUGCUGAUUACUGGCAGCAGGAAAGGUGGAGUGGGCAAUUUCCGGUUCAGUGGCAUAUUGUAAAGGAUGUUCCUAACAUUCGGUUCCGUCACAUUCUACUUGAAAAUAAUGAUAAUAAGCCUGUCACGCACAGCCGAGAUUGUCAGGAGGUGAAUCUCAAACAAGGUAUUGAGCUGUUGAAAAUUUUCAACAAUUUUGAUGCACGAACAUCUAUUAUAGAUGAUUUUGAAUUUUAUGAUGAGCGGGAAAAUUCCUUGAAGGAAAGGAAAGUUAAACAACAAGCUAGUUCGACUACAGAUGCUUCUGAUUCAGUUGCCGUUGAUUCUGUUAAGGAAAUUUCCAAUAGUUUGGAUCAAGCCCUGCAGUUGAAAGGAAGUAGUAGCAAAGAAGUGGAAAAAACUGAACAUGACAUUAGCUCAAAAACAGAUGCUGCGUCAGUUAUACUUGAACAUGAUUCAUCCGUGGACCAAAUAUCUGAUAACUUAUCUCAAGUAUUGCAGUUGGAAGAGGGUGACAAAGAAUUAGCUCCGUCAUCUGAAAGCAGUAAAGGUGGAGACGACAGCGAGUCGGUUGACAGGAAGGCAACAGUUGUAUCAACUACUAGUGCUUAGGCAUUUUAGGCAUGCAUGCGGCGACAACAGAAUGUACUUUUGUGAUGUUUAAGAGUAGUUCACUCGCUGACAAAGUAUGAGGUGGUAAUUUUGUCAUCUCAAGCAGUCAGGAUGCAAGCUGACUCCGUUUCUAACCUCUUUCUUUUCCAGAGAAAUUAGGCGGUACUCCGAGAGGGUGUGCCGGGCAGGAAGGCUGUUUGAUUUUGUAUUUGAAGCUCAUUUUGUGUUUCUCCUCGUUGUAGGGUUAGAAUUAGGUUGUUGGUUUUGGCGAUGUGGUGAAUGCAAUGCAGGUUGUAUCUGUAUACUAUUGUCCGCCUGUCUGAGAUGCCUUUUAGUGGUUGUAAUUUUAGGGUUGUCUUACUGGUUUUCUGCUGGCGGCUCAACUGGGUAACGGAGGAAGAAGAAUCUGUCGUGUUACCCCUCCAUUUCGAUUUGGGAUUGGGAGGUUGAUCAAUCGAUAAAAGAAUGAAUGAAUUCAGAAAAUGCAUUUACUUUUACACAAGAUUUCGUUUUUCAUUAUC